ACCCCAUGACAAGCUGUUAUUGUUCCAGACCCAAAAAGUGCCCACCUGGAGCUGUGGACAUCACCCCUUGUUUGGGUGCACCACUCACUGCAACCUUCCCACAUUUCUUUGAUGCUCCCGAGUUCCAAAACGAUGUGAUUGGUCUAAAUCCAGACAGAGCCAAACACUCCACCUAUGGCAUAUUACAAGAGGCAAGUGGUGUUCCUCUGCGUGGAAGACGCCGAGUUCAAAUAAGUAUUGAGUUGAAAAAAAUUCCUUACGUCGGAGUCACCAGCAAACUGAAAGGGUACAUGUGUCCACUGCUAUGGAUUGAAGAGGCAUUCGACUUGGAGGGCGACCUUCUCAGCAUGGUGAAGUACCAGCUAGUUCUCGGUCUAACCGCUAUGAGCGCUGUGAAAUGGGGCCUUCUCAUCUUAGGAGCAGGACUCUCGAUUUUCGGAGGCGUCGGAAAAUUCAUGAACGGUCCCAACUGGAAGAAAAUGGGUCGAGAAAACUCCCCUCAAAACCCACCCGAUUUACCGACAGUAGAAGAUGGCAGCAACAAAAGAUACCGGAAUCUCCAAGACCCAAAGAUGGAGCAACAAUCUAGAUCUAUAAUGUUCUACAAAGAAAAGUUUAGGAAAGCAGAUUCCUCUAUCCAAACAGAACCGUUGUUUUUUGCUGUGGAGAACGGGAGAAACCUACAACCUCAGAAAGUUAAUAUUGAGGAUAGACCUACACAUAAAUUCGGACACGACCCUUCACAAACUAUAAUACCGUGUAUAGUACUGAGGUUGAACCUGAUUAUCAAUCACAACCAAUACUAG